AUGACUCUCCACACCGAGCCCUUGGAUCAGGAAGAUCAGGAUUCAAUCAUAUUAGAUGCCAGAGCCGGCGAUUUAGAGUCUCUAAAAGAGAUUUUCACCACAUUGAUCCAUCCCAAAUUGCUAAUUACUUGUUCAGAAUCGGAAACAAAAUCCACAGCAUUGCAUAUGGCUUGUGCCAAUGGUCACACCGAUGUGGUCAAGUACUUAUUGACCCUUGUAAAAGAAAACGCUACUAGCGAGGAAUUGAAGGAUUAUGUGAACAAACAGAACGAAACAGGGAAUACAGCACUCCAUUGGGCAUCUCUCAAUGGUAAACUAGAUGUGGUUAAGUUGAUGUGUGGAGAAUACGAGGCAAAUCCUUUUAUCAGAAACAAAUUCGAUCAGGAUGCCAUUUUUGAAGCUGAAAACAACGGCAAGGAGGAAGUUGAGGCCUACUUUUUGGAAAAAUAUGACGUGGAACCCGAGCAAGAUGCAAGCCCCCAGGAUGAAGGAACUGCACCAGAAGUGCAAGUGAAGGAAGGCACUGAGAUCGAACAAGUCACCAAAGAAGCCACAGAGGCGCUCAGAAAGGACACCGAGAAACUAAGCAUCAACAAUUUAUAA